CCUCAAACAAUGCCGAUAGAGACAAUAGUUCCGCAACAACAACAGCAUGUUGUGGUGCGGACCAGAGAGCUCAGAUAAGCUUGUCAGACAGUACCUGGGCACCGGACCAAGCGCCAGAACCAAGAUGCUCAAAAACUGGGGUGUCAUUGGUGGUGUUGCAGCAGCCAUUGCAGCUGGUGCCUACGUUUUGUGGGGCCCAAUCACAGAGCGAAAAAAGAGAAAGAGAGGCAUGGUUCCUGGUCUGUUGAACUUGGGCAACACUUGCUUCCUGAACUCGUUGCUUCAAGGUCUGGCAGCAUGCCCGUCGUUCAUCCGGUGGCUGGAAAGGUUUUCCAACUCACCCGCCAUCCAGUCGCACAAAGAAAACAAAUUGUCCACAACACUUCUCCAGCUUCUCAAAGCUCUGUCCAAUAAUGAGCCUGGAGAUGAAGAUGUGCUGGAUGCAGGAUCCUUGCUGGAUGUUCUCGGACUGUACCGGUGGCACAUCAGUUCAUUUGAAGAGCAGGAUGCCCAUGAACUCUUUCAUGUUCUAACAUCAUCUCUCGAAGAGGAGAGGGACCACCAGCCAAAAGUAACACCCUUGUUUGAUAUGCAGUCUCUUGAGAGUCUUCCCAAUCAAGAUGAGAGAACAAAGACUUGCAGAAGUCGAGCCCCUCUGCACCCAAUUCCAAACCCUUGGAAGUUCCAGCAUCCUUUCCAUGGCCGUUUAACGAGUAACAUGUUGUGCAAGCGCUGUGAGCAUCAGAGUCCGGUGCGAUAUGAUUCCUUUGAAAGCCUUUCAUUAUCAAUCCCUUUGCCUCAGUGGGGUCGACCGGUCUCUCUGGAUCAGUGUCUACAGCAUUUCAUCUCCUCCGAGACUAUCAAAGAAGUGGAGUGUGAAAAUUGCACCCAGCUUCAACGUGGGACCAGAAUUAAUGGACAGCUUCUGGAAAGUCAGCGGACAACGUUUGUAAAGCAGCUUAAAUUGGGAAAGCUGCCCCAGUGCCUUUGCAUCCAUCUGCAAAGACUCACAUGGUCCAGCGAAGGAACCCCAAUUAAACGACAAGAGCACGUUCAGUUCACGGAGUAUCUAUGUAUGGACCGCUACAAACACAACGCCUCCAUACAGACGAGUUUGCGCGCUAAAUGUGCAAGGAAGCACCAAAAGGGAGAAAAUUCCAGCAAGAAUGCGGAAAGGCCUACUGCGAAUGGCACAGACGCAGAGCAUCAUAACAACAACAAACCCUUUGCAAAUGGAAACUGUUCAUCGCUCUGUUUACAUUCUACUUGCGGGACCACUCAGCUCGGCCUUACUUAUGACUACCGAUCCAACGAGUACCUUUUCCAACUCACGGCUGUGCUGGUUCACCAUGGUGACAUGCACUCAGGGCAUUUUGUAACAUACAGACGCAGCCCUUCCCCGCCUUGCAGUUCCUCGCCGUAUACCUCUCAGUGGCUCUGGGUGUCCGACGACUCGGUUCGCAAAGCCAGCCUGCACGAGGCGCUCUCCUCCAACGCCUAUAUGCUCUUCUACGAGAGAGUCCAGAAGCAGAGCGCCCCGUCGCAUUCACAGGAGUAAGUGCUGGCUCAGAGGCUAAAUUCAUUUUGCUGCCUUUCCAGUCAUACUCACACAAAUGGAUGCGCCCAAUUUUAGCACGGUUGAUGGAGUUGACAAGAGCAUCAUUUGACUGUAGGGUAUUUUGUGUGUUUGUGCGCGGAUCACGCAACAACUUGCCGUCAUGGGAUGUUGCUGCUUUAUCCAAAGUGGGAGAUUCCAGUUCCAAAGACUGGACAUUACUUCAAGUAUUUGGUUUGUAAAGGAAAUUUAACUGGGAAAUGUGAUAGUACAGUACAUUCCUGGUUCAAAGUUGAAUACGUUCAUGUAUGACAAAUUUACUCUUGAUGUUUUAAGAACUCAAUUUGAAUGAAGGUUGGAACUCGAUCAGAAUUUGAUGAUUCUGACUCCAUGACACUAAUGGAAAUCAUUCCCGGUGAUUUUGCAAUGUAUGUAGACAUCUUGUGUAAAUUAUGCAGUUAUUUGGAUCUGUUUGUUAUUGUCGUAAAUAAUGACUAUUUUCAUACUAUAGCUGCGCAUUUGAAGUUAAAGUGCCAUGUUGUGUGAAAUUUUUAAUAUGAAGCCAUAUGUGUGUGUGACAGUUGUUUUACUCUGUAAAUAUUUGAAGGAUUAUUUGGUGGCCAAAUUCAACUUUGUCACAAGAGGAGCUGUAACAGAUAAGUCCAAAUAGUGGCUUCUCUUCAAGUUAUCCUCAAUAUUUUUUUAACCCUAUUACUUGUAACUGCCACUUUCCUUCCAAACCAGUUGAGAACCAAGGAUGUGGAGCAGAUGCCUAUUGUUAAUAAUUACAAUUUGCACUUUAGUACAAUAUAUUUGUGUGAAAUGUUUGUGUGCAAUCUCUAUAACUAACUGUUUUCUGAUAUUAAAAAAAAAAAAAGAAUAAAGUAAAUGUAGUUUUA